CAAAUCCCCCGAACGCGAGAUGAGGAUCGCGAACUCAAAGCUCUAAUUAAUCACGAAGAAUGCAGCAAUGUGGGGAACACGUUGCUCAAAUCAAUCGAAGAACAAGACCGAAGAGGCCGACGCCGGCACUUCUCUCCCUUUUUCCAAUCACCAUCAGAUCUCGAAUAAAUGGGAGAUUAGUUCGUCGAUAAGGACCUUCUCGUUUGCAAGUGAAGUUGUAGGGUUAAUUCAGUAAUUAUGUUCUUCGUUUGAUCCUGAAUGAUGAGCCAAGGGAUAUCAUUCGAUUCUGAGGUGAGAGAUGCGGGAUUCGGAGCUCUUCGUCUGGCUUCUUCGAUCCUUCUUCCUCCCCUCUUGCUUCUGCGUUUAACUGCAUCGCGGCAAUUGGCGAGCAAGGUUAGGGUUUGUUUGCCCUUUUUCGUAUCCUUUGAUGAUUUCGGGAUGGAUGCACAAGCGGCAACAAGCCUUUGUUGGAAUGUGAUAUGGAAUUGUAAGCACAGACGCUGUCGGAUUCUACCAUCAUCUCACGAUGUGGAGUUUUGCAUCACGUGCCAUUGCUGGAAAACUAGGCUCAAAGAAUUUCUGUUCAAGGAGUAGCAACCCAAAUCCUGAUCGUUCUGAUGAUGAGGUUUCUUCAUGCAUGAGGAAGGAAGAAGGUUUGGAAUGCCCAAUCUGCUGGGAGUCAUUUAACAUUGUUGAGAAUGUGCCUUACGUCUUAUGGUGUGGUCACACUCUAUGCAAGAGUUGUGUUAUGGGGCUUCAGUGGGCUGCAGUUAAAAUCCCAACCUUGCCAAUCCAGCUUCCCUUCUUCAUAUCCUGCCCAUGGUGUAAUCUCUCAUCUUUCCGGCUGGUCUACAAUGGUAAUCUCAUGUUUCCCUGGAAAAACUAUUUCUUGCUGUGGAUGGUUGAGAGCAUGAAUGGUGAUAGGCUGAAAUCUCAGUCCUCAAUCCAUGGGGAACGCCGACCUGUAUGGACUUCCAGUAGCAAUGUGAUGGGGGGAAGUCAUGCUUCUUACCAGCACAUACAAAGAUCUCCACACACGCAUACAGAACACUCCAACUCUUGCCAAUUUCAUGUGCAUCUUGUAGGUAACUACUUCAGCACCGAGUGGAUUCAUGCUUCUUUCCGCAAGUCUCUGGCUUGUUUUAUACAAUUAACUGCCAAGUUCCCCCUUGUAAUAAUUUUCCUUCUCAUAGUCCUUUAUGCCAUUCCUGCCAGUGCUGUCAUCUUAGCCCUUUGUAUCCUAAUCACUGUCUUGUUUGGGUUGCCCUCCUUUUUGAUGCUAUACUUUGCAUACCCUGGCUUGGAUUGGCUUGUUAGAGAAAUAUUCACUUGACUGUUAUUCCUCUGAUCAACCCACACCACGACGACUCAAUUAUCGAAAGUUUAUUUAUCUGCUGUUGUGAUUCACACAACAGUCAUCUGGUGCUUGGUCUUUUGCUGAAUGUAUUGGCUUGCAACUUCUGCUGCACCUCAGGUUAGUCUACAAUGAGAAGUCUGACCUUGACAGCAAAUCUAUAUCACAGGCAGUAGCAGCACCAUCACAUUGCUGGACAUUUAAAUUUUCUACUUCAUGGUAGAGUCCCAAUUCUUGUUGACUUUAAUGCAUGAGUCAUUUCAUUAUGUCACUUGAUGUGCUAGUCUUCUUAUAUCAUCUCCAUUUUUGAAAUAUUUUGAACUUUAUUUUAUUAAUGACAUAUGAGACACAUUCAGUUCC